UAUCGUCUUGCCUAGGGGCUCCUAGAUAUCCUAUUCCAACGGCCCGAAUCGAAGCAUUGGCAUCUCCGCAACAAAGAUCAGCAAAAUGAAGGUCUCAACACCCCUCCUCUUCGCCUCAGGCGUCCUCGCAGCCCCGUCGGGAGACCUAGAAACCCGCCAGUCCUGCGCCAAGGUCCACGUCUUCGGCGCGCGCGAAUCGACCGUUCCACAGGGCUACGGCUCAUCGCAGGCCAUGAUCCAGUUAAUCCAAGGGGCGUACUCAGGCACGACAUCCGAAGCCAUCGUGUACCCCGCAGCAGGCGGCAACGCCUACGGCUCCUCAGUAACAGCCGGCAUCAGCGCCGUCGUGAACCAAGUCUCCGCGUACGCGAAGAAGUGUCCGGACAGCGCGAUCGUGAUGGUGGGGUACUCGCAGGGCGGACAGAUCACCGACGAUGCGUUCUGCGGGGGCCCGGAUGGGAGUAGUAUGAGCGGGAGCGCGUCGCCGUUGCCCGCGGAGGUAGGCACGCAUGUGAAAGCCAUUAUUCUGAUGGGCGACCCGCGUAAUGUGCCGGGUUUGGCUUAUAAUGUGGGCACGGCGAAGGCUGGUGGUUUCGCCGCGCGCCCCUCGGGCUACACGUGCCCCGUAUACGCGGACCGUAUCAAGUCGUACUGCGACGCCGAAGACCCGUACUGUUCCAACGGCAACAACGCGCAGCACCACCAGCAAUAUGUCCAGAUAUACGGACAGCAGGCUUUGUCUUUCGUCAAGUCAAAGGUGGGAUCCGUAUAAAAAGGGGGUUUCCCGAAUCGAAUAUCCGAUCGAGAGGCCGACAUGUAGUUACUAUUUAGGAUCCUGUAUAUAUAAUAUCAAAAAUAGGAGUGUGGUAAAAAGUUAUUUUGCUCAUCUAUAUCGCG